UGGCGUUUACAGUGGUCAAAAUGACACACAGUAAGGGCAGUUGUAGUGUUUGGUCCUCCAGAAGUCUCUGGAUCUAAAACAGACUUGAUUAUUUACUAUAAUUCAAAAAAAUCAGAGAACCCCCCUGGAAUUGAAUUUUAAAAACUAAGAGUUGAGUACCUGACUCUGUCACCUACUCCUGUUCCUUCCACUCAACCAAAAGCCCGUAGCAUUAAUCAUUAGUAUUUAGUAAGAGCUACACUCCUAUUUAGAUCUUAAUGUUUUAAGUCUUUUAUAAAGAAGUUCUCUUCAUUGUUCCUUGACCAAAAUAUUUUCACAAGAGGUGUGUUUGUAUCCAUCAGACCCCAGUACAUGAACUUCCUGUUGUCUCCGAUGUCAGGAGUCGAAACCGGAGGUCUGUUUGUGUUGUCCACUCUACUCCAGAUGAGCGCGAUAGGUCUCCAUACAUCUGGCAAGAACUCCAGAUUGAACGCACGCCACCUGGCUCAGAGCAACUCUUUCCUGGGACUUCCUCCUGUAUUUUAUAUGGACAAGUGGGAAGGAAGAAAAUACAGGCUAAUUCGCCUGCCAAGGGAAACAGCCUUAAUGGCAUUUGCAUAGCUCACAGAAUAGACUGCAAGAUCCCAUGGCUGGAAGUUAUGGCGUGAUGGGGGAUGAUUCUAUUGACUACACGGUCCAUGAAGCGUGGAACGAAGCCACCAAUGUAUACCUGAUAGUGAUCCUUGUUAGCUUUGGCCUCUUCAUGUACGCCAAGAGGAAUAAAAGGAAAAUUAUGAGAAUAUUUAGCGUGCCACCUUCAGAAGAAACCUUGUCAGAGCCUAAUUUUUAUGACACAAUGAGCAAAAUCCGCUUAAGACAACAGCUGGAGAUGCAUUCCAUUUGUUGCUUGUGUUAGGCAUUUGCCAUAGCAUCAAGGAAGCAAUACACUGUUGUAGAGCAAACAAAGCCCUCCUUUUAUCAUCUCUCUGUAAAGUAAGUAUUGCAUAUGUGUCUACUGUAAGUACUCCAUGUGGCGAGGCAGCACAGAGGUGGGGACCAGCUUUCUGAGCUCACAUGCUUGUGGACUGCUGUCUGCAGUUUAAUGCAGAAAGCCUGGACAGCUCCUUUGUGUUUUCCUUUG